AUGAGCAGUGAAAGCUACGCCAUCGGCCAAGAGGAGCUUGUCUAUGAUCGUAUGUUUCGGGUGAUGAGGACGGUGGGGGAGAUGAUGAGGGACCGGAAGUAUCAAGUCCCGAGCAGCAUCAUCCCGGAGACGGUUGGACAGUUCUGUGAGCAAUAUGUAGACAGAGAGGGGAGGAGGAUUUACCGUGAGCGCAUGACGGUACCGUGUGAACGUGUCGGUGGCACGCACCGCAGUCGGGCCAUGGUGUUCUUUGCUUCUGAACUAGGAAUGGAGGGGAUGAAGGGGUACUGCCAAACAGCAAUGGAUGCGAAUUGCGAACGCGUAAUCAUCGUAACACAUGGGAAGGUAAAUGCUACAGUUAAGCGUUAUGUGGAUUGCAUCAACCGUAGCGGCACUGGUCAAAAGGUUCAGCUGUUCGACGAGGAUGACCUUGUGGUGAAUAUCACUCAUCACGAAUUGGUACCCAAACAUACACAGCUAGAGGACGAGGAGGUCAAGGAGAUGCUUGAGGCUCAUUCAUUGGAGCUAAACAUGCUACCACGUAUUCUCUCAACUGAUCCUGUGGCAGCUUACUUGGGGCUGGAGCGCGGUCGUGUCGUACGAAUCGAGCGGAAGAGCGUAUCGGCCGGUUUCUACGUUACGUACCGACAGGUAGUGUAG